AUGAAAGAUGAAGAGGGGAAGCCAUUGAGAGACAUUGAGGUGCUUGAUAAUAUUACCAGCCUUCUUGUUGCAGGCUAUGAAUCCACUUCUCUUGCUAUUAUGUGGGCUUUCCAUUAUAUUGCCAAGUAUCCAGAUGUCCUAAAGCUGCAUGAAGAGCACUUGCCUAAUAGCAAGAAACUAAAUGGAGAUUUUAUUACAUAUGAUGAGAUCUCAUCCUGCAAGUAUACUAGUAAGGUUGUCGAAAAGAUAAUUAGAUUGGCCAACAUUUCAACAUGUGUUUUUAGAACCGCUAAAAAGGACGUCCAUUACAAAGGAAUCGCACCCUUAAUAGGGUUGCUGCUAUGGUGGUGGAAUGAUAUUUGGUAUGCAGUGCCGGUGAUGCGCCGGUGCUUGGCCAGUGGCACAAAGCUCCCUCCAGGCUACAUGGGAAUUCCAUUUCUUGGAGAAUUGUUCUCAUUUCUAUGGUAUUUCAAGAUUGCUCGCCACCCCGAUGACUACAUCAAUUCUAAACGUCGCAAGUAUGGUGAUGGAGUAGGGCUAUACAGAAUACACCUCUUUGGUUCACCAUCCAUCAUAGUGUACACUCCAUCGGCUAACAAAUUUGUACUCCAAGAUGCUAAUAAUUUUUCCUCGGGAUGGCAUAAUGAAAUUGUGGGAGCAACUUCCCUUGUAGCAAUGGAUGGAGAUUCACAUAUUAGGGUUAGAAGCUUUGUAGUCAAGGUCAUCAAUCGACCUGACUCUCUCCGAACGAUCACUUUUGCUAUCCAACCCGAGUAA